AGGUGGGCACUUUUGUACCGGCGCGAGAAAGGCGGCGUCAUAACUUUGGUCCCACGCCUGUCUCGCGCAGCCGAGCGAAAAACUCAAGUCCAUUUGUUGUAAACAAAAACAGCAGCAGCCGUGCCCCGCCGCGACCCCACCCCGAGCGGAGCUGUCAUGUGGCAGGAGGCUCGCAAACAUGAGCGCAAGUUGCGCGGUAUGAUGGUGGACUACAAGCGCCGUGGGGAGCGACGGCGGGAAUACUAUGAAAAAAUCAAGAAGGAUCCAGCCCAGUUCCUGCAGGUUCAUGGCCGUACCUAUAAAAUCCACCUCGAUUCGGCUGUAGCCCUGGCUGCUGAGAGUCCUGUCAACAUGAUGCCUUGGCAGGGAGACCCCAAUAACAUGAUUGACAGGUUCGAUGUGAGGGCGCACCUGGACUACAUUCCUAUGUACACACCUACUCUUUUAAACACCACUACCCCUGAGCAGGAGUCUGAGGAAAGGAAAUGCAAUUAUGAACGCUACAGAGGCCUGGUGCAGAAUGAUUUUGCAAAUAUCUCUGAGGAGCAGUGUUUGUACCAGAUAUAUGUGGAUGAACUAUAUGGUGGCCUACAAAAACCAAAUGAGGACGAGAAGAAAAAGCUGGCUGAAAAGAAGGCUCAGAUCGGCUACACGUAUGAGGACAGCACAGUACCCGAACAGGAUGCGCGGUCAGACAAAGGAGAUGAGGAGAACUCGGAGAACAGCGAGUCAGAAGAGGAUGAAGUGAUCCCUGACAUCGAUGUUGAGGUCGACGUGGACGAGCUGAGCCCGGAGCAGGUGAUGGAGCUAAACAAGAUGGCCACGCCAUACGGCAUGGCAGACGGAGACUUUGUCUGGAUGUUGAGAAAGGACAAAGAGGAAGUGGAGGCCAUAAAGCAUGCCAAAGCACUGGAGGCAGAAAAGGCAAUGUACUCGGGCCGGCGAUCCCGCAGACAGAGGAGAGAGUUCCGGGAGAAGUAUAUGAAGGGCAGGCAAAUCAGCCCUCCCAGCUAUGCCAGAAGAGACAGCCCGACCUAUGACCCCUACAAACGACCCCAGUCUGAGUCAAGUUCAGAGUCGCGCUCUCGCUCGCGUUCCCCAGGCAACGAUAAGAUCACCUUCAUUACCAGCUUUGGGGGCAGUGACGAAGAGGGUGCCGCGACCACACAAGCCCUGCCUUCUGCACAGUCAAGCCACGCCCCCUCCAACCCUGCAGGUCAUAGCAGGGGCUCCCGCAGGAGGCGUUCCUCCUCCAGUCGUUCUUCCUACUCCUCGCGCUCCUCCUCGCGCCGUUCGUCCCGCUCAUCCUCCCGGUCUAGGCGUGGACGGCGUGUGCGUGGGGGCCGCGACCGCGAUGGGCGAUACUCGCGAUCACACUCGAGGCGGCGCUCUGACUCCAGAUCACGGCAGCGUGGAGGAGGCGGUGGUGCCAGCAGCUCCAGGAGACGCUACGAGCGCACGCGCUCCCGCUCCACAGAGAGAGACCGGGACAGGGGGAGGCACUAUGCACCACGCAGGCGAACUAGGUCGCGCUCUCUUUCACGGUCAGUUGACCGCAGUCGCCGAGGUGGGCGGAGUUCUCGGUCUCGCUCUCACUCUCGCUCAGCUGACCGUAGCCGCCGAUGUGGGCGGGGUUCUGGUUACAGGAGGGGCGGAGCCAGCAGCAGUCGAAGCCCAUCCCGCUCCCUUCCCACCAGCCGUAGCCCCUCCCCGUCCUCCCGCUCCAGCCAGGCCGCGACAACCGCUCUCUCUGACAAACUGAGAAAGCCUGACACUCCGGGUGGUAAAGAGACGGGAGCUGCCAAACCCAAGAUGACCCCCCAAGAAAAGCUGAAGCUUCGCAUGCAGAGGGCCCUCAACAAACAAUCCAAGGCGGAUAAGAAGGCAGCACAGGUCAAAAUCCAGCAGCAGGAGCACAAACGACAGGAACGAGAAGGAGUCCUAAGAGCUAUGGCACGCAAAAUACGCAUGAAAGAAAAGCUGACGGAUGAUGUGUGUUGCAGGGAGCGAGAGCGGCGGGAGAAAGAGAGGGACGAGUGGGAGCGUCAGUAUGGCCGUCAAAGCCACUCGCCUUCCCCAAGCUCCAAAUACGGUCGAGAUUACAGUUCAUCCAGGCGGAGGUCCCGCUCCAGGUCACGGAGUCCGUACUAUCGCUACUGAUCCCAAUCCCUGCCACUGUGAGAGCUUGGCCAUCGUGGGAAGAGGAGAACAAGGAGAUGAUGUAAGACAGAGAAUCUCAGUCCAGUGCUUAGGGUCCAAUCAGUUACUCCUUUCCAGCUCCCAGUUUGGCCAGGCAUUCAAGAGCUCUGCAGCCUUCUGUUACCUGAUUCAGGUGUAUGAGGGGCCGAACAGAACAAAAAAAAAUGGAAUGGCUGGGGGUCCCUGAUGACUAGAAUGAGAACAUCUGACCCAAGGCAUAUACUGUAUCUGAGGAGCUGAAGGGAGAACUGGGAGGCUGGUGGAAGAAGUUUUUUUCUCUCUCUUUUUCAUUUUUUGCUUUCUUGCUCUUUUCCCACAUAAUCUGAUUCCUGAUAAGUACCCUGUUUAAAAGGUUAGAUUUCCCUUUUGUUGUAUUAAUGAUGUCUAGUAUUUCAGUGGAAAUACACUUGGUUUUUAAACACUGUCCCAUUAUGUUUUAUAGCAUACUUGGAGCUACCCUUGCUUUAGGGGCAUUCGCCUAAUGUGGGAAAAAUUUACUUCUCAAAUGUUUGAAUUGCCUUUUGCACAGAGGUUAGCUGUAUGGAUGAAUUAAAUCAAGUGCUUAUG